GAUGGAAGCCGUAAAUGCCACCCGCAAAAAGUUUCAAUGAAGUGACCCUGCAUGCAAGAAAGACAGAGUGUACUUCUGCAAAUGUCACAGGAUGAAGUCAUGCAGAAGCUGUGCUAAUAAGAUGCACUUCAAAUGCCAGCUGGAUAUCAUCCACGAUCUGUCAGACCUCAAUGUUGAUGUGAUCGAGACCAAGAGAUUUAUGAAGAGACUGUACGAGCUCAUAGCUGAGAAUGGUCUGAGAGCAUACAGCCCUCACUUUAACGGUGAACUGAAAGAUUUCCAGGAUAGCCUAGUCGAGACCGAGAAGAAAAUAAGAGAUGCGAUUACUCACGACCAUUUCGAACAAUUUGACACUCUUCAGGCUCAGAUUAGACAGGUCCAAAUCCAGAUGUCUGACAGCCAAGUCGUAAAAGAUAUUUUGUACUUGUCAACGUUCAGAGAUGCCAGCCUGUACAGCCUUCCCAAGAUAGGUAGCGUCUUGUCAUCUGCCACCAAGGUCAAAGAAAAGAUUGAUGCUGCUGUAAAAGAAAAUAUAGAGCUGAUGGAGAAGAAGCUCCGUACCAAAUCAAGACAAUUUGAGCAACAGUGCAAGGCCAGACUCACCGAAGAAUUCAAAGAUGAGAUCCAGAACCUGAAAGAUCUGAAUAAUACGAAGGAUACUGAGCUUGAACAACAGAGAGAAGCCACAGACCAAGCACGUCAAGAUACCGAAGAUACCAAGAAAGAAAAAGACGACGCUCUUGCUGAAAACGCCUCAUUGAAAGAUGAGAACAAAGACCUGAAAGACUUCAAGACUCAGCUUGAGGAGGAUUUAAAGGCCAAACUAGAGGAGAUUAAGCAAUCCAAGCUACAACAUGACAAAGACCAGGAAGAAAUAUCCAAGUUGUGCGAAGAGGUGAAAGAAAGCCAAGGCCAACUAGAAGAAACAAGAGAAGCCCUCGGUAACCAACUUGCAGGUAUUUGCAAAGACUUCGACCCUAAUUCUAAAAACCUCUUUCUGGACAUGCAAAAAGAAGAAUCCCAGAAACUAGUCAAGGCAAUGGGGGACACCAAGUAUCCCCUCCACAAUAUCAACAGACUCAGUCUCAAAGCCAUCUACAACCAGGAAGCUAUUCUCAACCCCUUCAUGGCCAACUCAGUCAGCUCUCCCCUCAGACUGUUCAACCUAAAUUUGGACCGUGUUGGGCCUUGCGGAAGCAACACCAUCGAAGUGGGCGGGCUGAUGAAGGGGCUGAAGAGUCUGCUGCCCCACGUCACAAAGGAAGUGUACUUGAAUUAUCUGGUAGUGAGUGGGGAGGACCUGAGUCAGAUAGUCAAGGCUUCUUCCAAUUUAGAGAGACUCAGUUUUGUUGCAAGCAAAAUUCUGACCUCAGACUCCCUCGACUUUUCUUCUACUGCCCAUUCCAAACUUGAAUACUUGAGCUUCAAAAGUUGCGCCUACCACGAUUGGUGUAACAUGGAGUGGGACAAGUAUCCAGACAGAUUUGAAAAGAUUGUGGUGGCCAUCAAGAACUCCUCCCUCAAAGACUCCCUCAAGACCCUUAAUGUCCACAAAUGCAAGAUUUCCUCCUCCAAAGUGGGUGAACAACUGGCUACUCAUGAGCUUUCCCACAUCAAUGUGGUGGAGGAAAAUCAUAGCGCUCUGUCGGAAUAA